AUGAAUUCACCUCAAUGCCAUCUGGCCGACCACAUCGCGUACCACACCUACAGCCUCCACACGAGCAUGCUCAACUACUCAGACGAGAGCCACAACUCACAAAGUGGAACACCUCAGACACAGCCCACCGACUACUCACUGAGCACGGCCAACGUCGCGACCAAUCACCACAGCCUGCUGCCCUGGUUCGGUGACGCAUAUCCACGACAGGCACCUCCGAGUCCCAGUCUAUCGGACACCGCAACUUCCUACCACGUAAAACGCCCCAUGAACGCCUUCAUGGUGUGGUCUCGUGGCCAGCGCAGGAAAAUGGCCCACGCCAACCCCAAGAUGCACAACUCGGAGAUUAGCAAACGCCUCGGUGUCGAGUGGAAGCACCUCUCGGAGGCGGAGAAGCGACCGUUUAUUGACGAAGCCAAACGUCUCAGGGCCAACCACAUGAAGGAACACCCCGACUACAAGUAUCGGCCCAAACGCAAGUCAAAAGCCGCGAUUAUGAUGGCCAUGGCUAGCAGUAGAGAGCGUUUUCACACAACUUUUCCGCCACACGGGCUUCUUCCUGGAUUCCCACCAUUCAGUGGAAUCUACGCCAACGCCUUCACCAACCCCUUCACCCCGAUUCUUCCAAUAUUACCACCACCGCCGCCACCACUUCCAUUAUCGACAGCAUCAGCUAUGACGUCGGCGACAUCGGAGCCGCUAGUGAUGAAUUUGAUGCGAGUGGCAUCGUCCGACACUCCAGGGAAUUCCUUUACACCAACUGUCCGUCAGGAAGAGGGCUUAUCCAAGACAUCCUCGUCAGCAUCAUCACCACCACCACCCCCAGCACAUCAGACACCCUCAGCCUCGACCUUGGCCUUCAGUGCCGACUCGCUGAUUGAACCGCUGCCGUCGAAACCGCAGGCGCUUUUCUCUCCUCCAACCAAUCACAUCGAUCUUCUCAAACCGCUCCAUGCCGCCUUCCUCUGUGGUGGUGGCGGUGGUGGUGAAGGAGACGACGCGAGAAUCCUCUGGUUCAAGUACCUCACCACCGCUGCCGCCAUCUUCUCGAAUCUGCGCGGCAACGCAAUCGACGAGGCGGUCGGUGGAAUGGUUGACGGCCAGAAUCCUGAUAGUCAGGCAAUACAGAAGGGGUUAUGGAUAGAGUUAGAUUUGCUAAUCGCAAUCUCGCACAAGCCAUUAGCGGCCGCAACUACCGUGCCGCGGUUGUGUUCCAUUACCCUAAUUGACGGGUUCCCCACCUCCCUUCCCCCGCAAACCACCGCAUUUCUCCAGAGGACCUCUCCCAGCAACCAAUCAACCCCCCCACCUGUUACUGGGGUCCCCGACCGACUCGUGGAGACGACCGCAGUCACCAACGUUGUGCACCCAUUAACCGCCUUGUUUAAGCACAAUCUCGCGUAUGUAUCUCCUUACCACCACCCCUCCCCUCCCCCGCCUCCCCCACCCUAA